AUGGUUACGCGAAUCAACCUGAUUAUUUGGCAGUAUUUCUUACAGCUUUUCGGUCAGAAUACGAAAAAAAAAUCAAGUAAAAUCCAGAACAAAUCAACGAUUUUGGUUCGGGUUGAUAAUUCUGAUGUUAAAUCCAAGAAACUAACACAUCUUGCUAUAAGAAGUUUUAAGAAAUUGGAUUUCGUUUUUGAAAUUAUACGAGUGCAUAUCAUUAAUGAAGAUCCAUUUACGAAAGAUCCAUUAAAUGAAGGUGCAAAACUAAAUGAAAUAAGGACCAAACCAUUUUUAUCUUCUUUUGACAAAUAUUUUAUGGAUGAAAGUUACUGUGAUGUAGAAUUUAAAUUUGACUGUGGUCCUAGAAUUGAGUCGAAUCGACUCGUUCUUGCAAAUAAACUAGAAAACGACUUAUCAUUAGACACAUUACAAAAUUUUUAUUUUGAUUCUGAGGCAAGACAUUUAGAUGAUUUAAAAGACAUGGUCAUAAUCCGAAUUGGUGAAAUGGCUAACAUACAUACUUGGGAUCAGAUCUUAAGAUUUUCUUUGAAGAUCAAUGAAGAUAAAUUAAAAAAGAAUGUUAUGUUAUUCCUUCAAUACAAUUGGGAUGAAGUAAAACAGACAAAACAAAUGAAGCGAAUGUUAAAGGAGGGAAAUAUUGAUUGGAUUAGUGAGAUUGAAAAUUUGAUUACAACAAAAAUCCUUGGUGAUUAA